UGGGUGCGGGAGCGGGUGCGGGGCCCUCACCGCCGCUGCCGCCGCUCUGCCCGUCCGGUCCCGGCCCGGCCCGGCCCCCUCCGCCCUGCCCGCGGCCGCCAUGGGCUCCCUGCUCAGCCGGCGCAUCGCGGGCGUGGAGGACAUCGACAUCCAGGCCAACUCGGCCUACCGCUACCCGCCCAAGUCCGGAAACUACUUUGCAAGUCAUUUCUUUAUGGGAGGUGAGAAGUUUGACACCCCUCACCCUGAGGGCUACCUUUUUGGGGAGAACAUGGAUCUGAACUUCCUGGGGAACAGACCUGUUCAGUUUCCUUAUGUAACUCCAGCUCCACACGAGCCUGUGAAGACCCUGAGGAGUCUGGUGAACAUCCGCAAGGAUUCCCUGCGCCUCGUCAGGUAUAAAGAUGAUGUUGACAGCCCUACUGAGGAGAAUGGGAAGCAGAAAGUCCUCUACAGCCUGGAGUUCACUUUUGAUGCUGAUGCCCGUGUUGCCAUCACAAUCUACUGCCAGGCCACAGAAGAGUUUGUUGGUGGGAUGGCAGUAUACAGCACAAAGAAUCCCUCCCUGCAGUCAGAGACAGUUCACUACAAGAGGGGGGUAAGCCAGCAGUUCUCCCUGCCUUCCUUCAAGAUUGAUUUCUCAGACUGGAAGGAUGAUGAGCUGAACUUUGACUUGGAUCGAGGUGUGUUCCCCGUGGUGAUCCGAGCAGUGGUGGAUGAAGGGGAUGUGGUGGUUGAGGUGACAGGUCAUGCCCACGUCCUUCUGGCUGCGUUUGAAAAGCACGUUGAUGGCAGCUUUUCCGUGAAGCCCUUGAAGCAGAAGCAGAUUGUGGACCGGGUGAGCUACCUGCUGCAGGAGAUCUAUGGCAUUGAGAACAAGAACAACCAAGAGACCAAGCCCUCGGAUGACGAGAACAGCGACAACAGCAACGAGUGCGUGGUGUGCCUGUCAGACCUGCGGGACACCCUGAUCCUGCCCUGCAGGCACCUCUGCCUCUGCAACUCCUGUGCCGACACCCUGCGCUACCAGGCCAACAACUGCCCCAUCUGCAGGCUGCCCUUCCGUGCCCUGCUGCAGAUCCGGGCUGUGAGGAAGAAGCCAGGGGCUCUGUCACCAGUGUCCUUCAGCCCUGUCUUGGCACAGAGCGUUGACCACGAUGAGCACUCUAGCUCUGACAACAUCCCCCCGGGCUAUGAGCCCAUCUCCCUGCUGGAAGCACUGAAUGGCCUGCGCUCAGUUUCCCCCUCCAUCCCAUCAGCUCCUCUCUAUGAUGAAGUCACCUACUCUGGGGUGGUGGAUGGGAUGCCACCUGCAGCCCGGCCCCACGUCGGGAUGGACAGAACUGUGGAGAGCAGCCACCAAAAGGGCAAGAGGAGCAAAUCUCCAGACAGCACACUCCGCUCUCCCUCGUCCCCAAUCCACGAGGAGGAUGAAGAGAAGCUCUCCGAGGACUCGGACUCACAGCCAGCUCUGGGGGGGGGUGAGCUGGGCCUCAGGGAGACCAACCCUCCAGAAAGUGUGCCUGAGGAAGAGAUAGAGGAGGCCUCGUCGUUGCAGCAGGGUCACCGCCCACCCUCGGUGGAGGACGUGCUGCAGGACGGGGGCUGCGGGGAGCGGCGGGGGCUGACCCAGCCGGAGAGUGAGCCCGCGGUGGAUGUCUGCCUGCCAGCACUGGGUCCCGAUUCCUGCUCUAUUGGUAUAGAGGAGUAAGCUGGCUCAUCAGACUUCACCAAAACUCACCCUGGCCGAGGCACCAGCAGCCCCACGCAGCCCCUUCUCUUCGAGCAGACACGUCUUCACCUGGAGGACGAGCAAAGCCUCUCAUGAGCGGGGCCGGACCCCCAGAUUCCUUUUCCUCCCCCCCCUCUUUCCUCCCAGCACAAAACCUCCUCAAGAUCCAGCAGCCCGGCCCUUUGGGGGUUUUCAGCUUUUUGGUUUCUUUUCUUUUUUAAAAAAAAA